UUUCUUUGCGUGUCUCCUCCCUUCUUUCAUAUGUGCUUGACUGCUUCAUGUGGCCUGUACGGUAGAAGAAUUUUACGUUGCGCAUUUCAUAGGUAUUUUAUGGUUUUUUAUAUUUUUUUUUAACACUUGGAACAGGAGGUGCUGUUGCCCAGCUGGGCAGCACACGCAGUUGCUUUGCUGUGACAAUAUAAUGCUGGACUUGCAGUGGGUCUUUUCUCAUGGAACGUUCUUAGUCUUUACAAAAAUUGCCAAAACAACCAUGAAUGUGAUGGUUGUUAUACAAGAAUUCAUCUGACAUGAAGGUGUUUCAUACAAGGUAGCAGAGUUAAAUUAGUAUUUGUUGAUGCUUCAGGAAAUAAAACAAGCACAGCAUGGUAAGGUGUAAAACAAUUCCUCAUGCCAACAGAGGCUGAAGCGGAGGUGCAAUAGCUCAUUGUAGGUGUUCUGCCUCUUUUUCUGAAAGACUUGCAUGGUUUUGUAAUGCAUCCUUUCUCCUCAGGCUGUCUAGAGGCUGCACACAUGUGGAUGUUCACAGGAUCAGUUCUUGUGAAGUAAUUGGAUCAUUUAGGUUGCAAGGGCUGUAAUACUUAUCAGUCAUUUUCUUGUCAAAUACUGUUAGGAGAUGAGUGUUAGUUGGGUGUCUGUAGGAGGAAGUCCGCAUUUUUGCCCUCACCUUGUGGGUGACCUCUUGAAGGAGACAUAGGUUGGAGGAAAAAGCAGAGGUGGCUUUUGUUGCUUCUUUCGGGGUCUGUAUUUAUUUUCUUGUAACAUUUUGUAGCGUUGAUGCAAAGAAAAAAAAAUCUAACCAAACACCAAACUAUAAAUUAGUAGCAGUGAAUCUUGCUGCCAGUAAAAUGUUUGCAGAAGUUCAUUUUCAGGUGGCGUCAAAAAUUGGGUCAGAAUACUUGUAAACCAAAGUUUUCUUUAAGUACCUCAAGAAAUAAACUGGAGAAGUUGGAGGGGAAACCAGCUGGAGGAGGGAACGAGGUAGCUAUGUCCCAGGUAAAAGAACUGCAGGAAUAUAAUGACAGUUGGUAGAACCACAAACAGCCAGGCUUCCUAAGGGAAAUCUAACCAGAAAUCUAAUUUUAAAUAUAUUCUACCUCUGACUUAGCAGAUUUGUUACUGAACUAUAAAAAUAGUUUCCCAAAAGAACUCAAGGCAGGGAGCUGCGCAGCUAUAGCCUAAUGAGUUUGACAUCAGUAGCAUGGAAUGCUCUAGAGAAUUUUUGAAGCAGAGAAUUAAUUAACAACAUGAAACUAAGUAGACUGAGUCCUGCGGGCAUUCACUAAAGAUGUAUCAUGCCCGACUGACCUGCAUUUUUUGUAAGAAUAAAUGAUUGAUUUAUGUUCUCUGUAAAAGACAGAGUAGUUUGAAUCUGCCUGGAACUUGAUAACAGAUCACAAAGCACUACAAAAAAAGUGUAAAAUCUGGUUUUUUUAAGGUACUGGAGGAUUAGUACAAGAGCUGGUACUUGGGUAAGGAACAGUACGCAGAAGAGGAAGCAGCAGCACAUUAGUGUCAGAAGAGGAACUACUUGUCUGAAAGGUGCUUUCAAGAGGUGUUUUUCAAGACUGAAUUUGGCCCCACAUAAGUGAUGCUGGCAUUGUUUACUCAGUAACCUCCAACUAUGAGGAGCAAAUUUGAGGAAUCAGCAUUACAAAGGAAGACUGGAAUAUCAUGCAAGAGCUGGAUGAUGGAGAAUGCUGAAAUGGUAGAAAUGGGGUACAUUACGAAGUCAUGCAAUAAGAAUGAAUAAUGACAGUAUAGGCUUGGGAAUUAACAUGAGGAGACCUCUGGAAGAGAAAAGAGACAGCAUAUGAUCAAGGAGAUGUCACAGAAUUGGUGCGUUUUGGGAGUGAGAGUGGCAACAAAUGCAGUCCUGUAGUCCUAUAUUCUGUCACUUCCAGGAAUGGACGAGAUAGUCCUAGGGCAGUCUGUUUUCAAGGAGAACGUAGAAGAUCUUGGCUAGGUAGGCUAACAAAAUGGAUGUUGAGGUUGUAUUCGUGUGAAGACUGAGCUGCCUCUGUGAAUAUGGGAACAUUCUCUAUUUUUCCUCUCCUGCUUCUUCACAGCUGUAAAGCAGAGGUGGUUGUGUGGUAAGCUGAAAUGGGGAACUGAGAUGACCGAAAAGUAAGCCUUGUUUUCAUGGUUUGGUUUUGAGCUGGUUGGUUCACAGGUUCUGUCUGCCAAGAGGACAUCCGCGGAGGACAGCUGUACGCACACAAGACGACUAGUAUGGGGGUACAAAAGAGUCUCUUGAAAGUGGCAGCCUAGGAUUUUUCUUUUUGCUUGCAACGUUUAAUAAUGGCCUUUGAAUUAUUCAUUAAGCCACUGCAUUAAAAGCAAUUGUGUUCCACGAGGCUUUGGAAAGUGAAAAACAAGGAGGAAAAAUCAACUAUUUAAAAGACAAUGUCAGCACAGGAACAAGUGGAUAUGAACUGUCUGUGAAUGCACUGCAGAUUGCAUACGAGAAACUAUGAUUUGUAGAAGAGCGAACUUCCAAAACUGUUUUCAAAUGGCAGUAAUUCAGAGUGAAUUUGGGGAAUUUAAGAUUGAGAGAUCAUCCAGCUGGCCUGCCUGUCCUAACAGGAAUUUACCUGGUGUGCCUGAGAAAGCUCCUUUUGGGUUCUGUGUUUCCACCUCUGUUUUCUCAAAUAGUCUCACUAGUGAAUGCAUGUGAAGUUAGAUGUUUUGAUUAAUUUCUUGAUGCUAGCUGUUUUUAUUAGCUGACUUUGUCUCUGAAGCUGUACUAUGGAAUGAAGGGGUUAGAAAUAUGCAUGUGGUGUAAAGCUGAUGUGUACAGAGGUGUGUAACUUGAAACUGAGCUCUGAUGUGGAUUCUCUGUCUGGGAUUGCUGUUGGUGACAGAUGUAAUUGGAUUCUUAUUUGUUUUUAGUCAAGCGUUCUGGUUAGAUCGUGAUGUCUGAAGUGUACAGCUCUUCUUGUUGAUUAAGAAGUGUUUAACCUAUAGAGCAAAGACUUUUUAUGUACAAUUUGGAAAUGUAUAGGAACAUCUUUUUUUUGCAUAAACUUGAAAAACAAUCCAUAGGCAUUUGUUUACAAAAGAGAGGGAGAGUCAAGAAACUGGUCGGAUUCUGUGUGCCUUUUGACUGACAGCACAAGCACGAUUGUUCCAAGGGCCCAGUGUUGUGCCAUGGGUCAUUUUGGCUGGGUGAAGUAAGAUUAUGUUAGAGACAAAGUGGAGGUUUACCAUACGUAUGUUGUUUAGUCUGAGGAUGCAGUUUCCUGUGCAACUGUUAAAAAUCUGGACCUGCUGCUUACUGUUAGGAAGGCUUUGUGCUGUGUGAAAGAAGCAUGUUGCAUUUUCCAACUGAAAACCCUUAACACAUUGGAAGGAGUUUGCUGUAGCAAGUGUGGAUUAAGCUUUCGGGGAAACUGUAGGCUUUUGUUUGCUUACAUGAGCAGAUUGCCAGCCUGCUUCUUUGAGCCUCUUAGUUACUGACUUGGACUGUGAUAGCAAUGAGAUCGUCAAAAAGCGCUGGUUGCUGUAUCUCUUUGCCAAGGAGAAGAGGUAGUUACAGCGAGGGCUUAGAGAAUGGGAGGAGAAGCCUGGCUGGACACUACGUUUACCUAGCAUUUGACACAUUCUCAACAGGUCUGUUUAAGGGAAGGACAAUUGUUGUGAAGCAGGCAUGGGGACAGGUUGCUCUGCUUUGUACGAACCAGCUGAAUUGUUACAGGACCUUCCUCAAUGUAUAAUUAAAUAGCGAAUGUCCUGAAAUGGGCAGAGCUCGAUCAGGGUUUUCAUUCAUCUGAAAUGACAAAUAUUUAAUUAAUAUUAAAAAAAAAUUGCAUCUUUGAUACCUAUUUGCUGCUAUUAAGAGGAGUUGCCUAAGGAGAAAGGAACAGCAAACACAGCCCUUCAUUGUAUCUACUCACUCAUACUCUUGUCUGUUUAUGUAAAGCACAUGGUUUUGGUGUGGAAGGAGUUUUUACAUGCUUCUUGGGUUCUACAGGGCUGAAAUCAUGAAAGCAUUGGGCCAUAAACUGAUAGAAAGGGCAGCCUGCCCUGGAAGUGGUAUGUUCAGUUUUGGAGUAUCAGUAGCUGGUUGACUCAUUAGUUACUGGUCCAGCUCCCUGGCUCUUAUUACGUUCUGUUGGUCUCCUCGGUCGGUACAGGAUGGUUAGACUUGAAUUUUGGGUAAGUUUGUGCCCUUCUUCUGUAGUAGCUGGUAACAAAUUCCUCAGUAGUUUUCAGGAGCUGUAGCAGCUAGUGGCUAGUGAUUUUAGAGCAAAUAAGGGGAAAAGGUUUGGUUUUUUUUCAGAGUCAUGAAAUACUUCCUCUCAUUACAACUGAGCAAGAAAACACUUAAUUUGCCUUACAGUAUUUUAACUUUUGAAAACAUUAAAUGGUGUGGAAAGUCUGUAUCUGUCUUAUGAUUGAGAUCUUUAGCAAAAAUGUAACGUGAACCUUUAGUAGUAGAUGCAAGUUGUGUGUUGAAAAAUACAUGGAGGUACCUUUGCUUUAUGGUGAAGGUGGAAGAGUGAGAGCCAUGAGGUGCAGUUCUCCACUAGUGAUCCUGUGUGUCACCAUCCUCAUUUGAGCUCUCUGUGUCCGAGCUUUAUUUACAUGCGGAGGCAGAGAGAUAACAGUCUCUGAGGGUGUAGAAGGCUUAAAAUAACCUGAAUACUCUAAAAAUCACUCAUUUGAAGGUAAGAGAGGUACCCACAAGUCUCUGUAAGCCCCCAGCUGGUUGCUGAGGAAGUAGAUGGUGCCUUUGCUACUCUACUGCUUGACCCAGAACAAUAAUCUCUAUCUUCUCUUAACGCUAUGAGGCGUUGAGUCUAUUACAUCUGUGUAAACUCAGGCCCUGUGUCACCAGCAGUCAGGCCAUACGUAAUCUCACAUCACUUAGUGCAAGGCCCAGCUUUUGUGCACUCCAAGUCCUGAGCAGUUCUGCAGAUCACGUCUGACCUUGUGUGGUAGAUGAACAUUGUCUCAUGUGUCCUCUCAAGGCUUGACUGCCUUCCAUACUGGUCUUGAUUUAAAAACAGGCAUUUCCAACUGUGUUGUGGCAAAGAAAAGUGUUGGUAGUGGGGAAAGUGCUGUGCGUGUGUCAUUGACUUCUCACAUUGCGGGUUACUUUUGUUUGCCUGGAAUCCUUGUUCUGUAAAACAAUGGCAGCUGAUUUUGACCCACUUCUCUGUACACCAGUGGAGAAAUACACUUCAAACUUGCUGUCACAGACAUGGGAGUGGAUUGUUGUAAAUACCUAAAGGCAUAUUCCUGUGGAAUCCCAAAGUUUGUCCUAAGGAUCUUUAAAGUACUUUAAAUUUUUAAUGUAGAUGCUUUCUUCGAAGUAGAGUCUGAGUUGCCUGCCUGUGUGGGAAUGUUUUUGUGUGGACUGCAUUUGAAGAACAGUCCCCCGUCUUGCCUGACCAUAGAUUUUCUUCCUGGCAUGCAAAGGAAGGUCAAGUUCAGGAAUGAAACAGCUGAUACCUAGGUUUUAGAGAAGAGCCUGGAUGUGAUCUUUGAGAGGGAAGAAUGCCCCUUAAGACUUCUUCCCUUCCUGAAUUGUGUAUGUGCUCCUCCUGUCAUUUGAGAACUUCAGGUACUUGAGUUCUGGAAGGUAAUGCCUGUGAUCUGCAGAAAUCAGUAUGUAACGUGGCCUGAGAAAUUGUUGGCAAGUUAGGCUUGACUUUGUUUGCACAAUUAGGAGAUGUCUAAGGAAUGAAAGAGUUCAGUCUGUUCUUUUUAUCGGCUUCGAGAACUGCUUAUAGUUCCAGGUCUUCUGCGCCCCUGAUUGUAGCACUUGUUUCCAAGAGGGAAAUACUGAAGUUGCCCUCUUCAGUAGGUGCCACGGGCAGCCUUUCUGGAGGCAUCUUUCUUUUCUUUUGUUAGGGGGAACACUUUUAGCUUGUCUCAUUCUGUUUGUUUGUUUGCUGUCUUUCUUUGAAUACUCUGCUUUACUGGAGAAUUGCGUUUUUCUUUUUGUGAUCUCUGCCAACCCAGUAGCUGCUGUGAUUCUGUUAGAUGGGCUUGACUCUCUUGACCAUGUAAGUGAAGUGUAUGCUUUGUUGUCUUUAAAGUCCUUGUGUCGUUGUUUUGGGGAGCACAUUGGGCAGGUAUUAUGCAAUAGGCAAUCUCUACUGAUUAAACAAGUUCUUGUUAAAGGAACAACAGAAACAAAAAAUAACUCAAAAAGGAACUAGGCUGGAAUCAAGCCGAAGAGCUUUGUUCCUGGCUCUAUUGGUGAUAAUGUGUAAAUAUAAGUACAAUUCCUCUGUUUUUGUUCCCUGCUUGUAAUAAUAUUAUUUAAGCACUUCAAAGGGCCAUUUUAAGCAUGAAAUCUUUUGAAGAAAUUAAUAGUAGCAUACAUCAAGUAUCAAAGAUUAGCCUGUUGUCUAAAAUAUAUGGAAUUGCUUAUGUUCAACAGGUUGAAACUUUGAAAGAAACUUUUAGUUUUUAUUAGAAAGUCUAUUCAAAAUAGCAUGGGAUGCUAAUGAUUUUAAAUGCAUAAUACAUUGCUGAGUACACAUUGCUGUCUUACAGUUCUUUAAACAAUACCACAGAUUCUGAUCUUGUUUGUAGAAAUAAUGAUGGGUUCCACUCUUUGCAUGUCUAUGUAAUCCACUUAUUUAGUGUUUUGUGUUCGUUGUUCAAGAAAAACUCCCAGGUAUGGUGGAUUUUUGUUUGUUUUGCUUCUUUGUUUAGUUUUUCAAGCUUUAAAGAGCAUUGUACUUUGAUAAUCUUUCAGUUGCUUCCUUGAAGUCCUGAACAGAAAGUAUUUCUGUGGAGGAUUCCAUACUGGAUAUUUUCUCCAUAGUUGCCCUGAUACCUACUUACAGUUAUGUAACACUUCCCAUAGUCAUCGUCAUUAACUUUUGUCUUAUGAUCUGUCUGUUCUUUGUAUGUGUCAUAACAUCCGAGUAGUUAGUUAAACAUUCUAUACCAGGAAUCUUGACCUUUCUCUUGAAUAAAUGCAUGAAUGGUAAAUCGGUGAAAUAUGUCUUUCUGUACCUUCGUCACACUUGUCAUCUACCUGUUUCAGAAUGCUUUCAAAGAGUAACUCAGGCUCUCAGCACUUGUAUAAAGGUGGCAACUUAGUUUACAUACAUACAUAAUAAAGAGAGGUUCAAAGCUGUAAAAACACUGAACAGAGAUCACUCCAUAUGGAGUAAAUUGAAACUUGCAAGUCUCAACUUUGUGUUCUGUGUCCUUAUUCCUAUUGCCUUAUUUCAUUAUAGUGUAUAAUUCUGGUAAUCCAUCCCAUAGCUUAUAUGUGGUGCUGAAUUAUUACACUGAGGUGGGCUUCUUGUUUCUAAAAGCACUCAGAAAGUUGUGGGUAUAAGAUGUGAAAGCAACUUCCUUGCCUGCUCUGACAUUGCUCUGCUUGGCUGCCCAGGGAAGUGGUUGAGUCACCACCCCUGGAGGUGUUGAAAAGACGUAGAGAUGAGGCUCUUAGGGACGUGGUUUAGUGCCAGAGUUAGGUUAUGGUUGGACUCAAUGAUCUGAAGUGUCUCUUCCAACCAAAAUUAUUCUACGACAUGCUGGGGGAUAGGGCACAGGGCUGCUCUUCCUUGGGGUUACCCAGAGCAAGAGUGUGUUCUGUACAUCACGAUGUUACUGUGUUUGUGUAGCUUCUCAGCCUCAUGCUUGGCAGUGAGCCAGAUUUAUCUACUCUCAGGAGUAAAUCUAAUCUUAAAACUUGUAAGGAAGGAGCACGUUCACUAAGAGCCAUUCUGGGACCAUCAGACAUCCCUGUACCUGGGUGUGCUCACUGAGAGCCGAUGGGUGCAGCAGGUUGUGCAGGUGGAAAACCGGCUGCUGCUGAUCCUGGUCUGUACAAGUCGCUGUGCGGGGCAGAGGUAACUCAGAAGUAGAGCCCAGGGUUGCCCUCUCUUGUUUCACUGAGGAAGCUGCCCUCACUGGUACCUUGUAUCUUCUUAAGAGUUGGUCCUAUAUGAAUUCUAAUUGCUUUCUGUAAGACCACAGUCUUGUCUUGAGGGCACAAUGUUCCCUGGCAAGUCCCCAGUGCUGGAAGGGCUGCAAUAGUGUUAUGUUUCUCUUCUGGGAGGAGUGUGGGGUUUUGUUUGUUGUUAUUUACUUUCUUUGAGGAGACCGAUAAGAGAAAAUUCCCAAGCACGGGAUUUACGUCUGACUUGAGCUGUAUGACUAUAAAGUGUUAAGUAAUUGAAAAGAGUGUCUAAAAUGCAUACUAGCAUGACUUUGAAAACAAAUGUGAGGUUUCAGUGAGUGUUUCAGGUUAUUUUAUCUUUUGAGAGCCAGAACUUAAUUAACCUAGUCAGAGUUUCCAAAGCAAAUUUGAAUGGUUAUAUUGCACAUCUGUAGGAAUACAAAUGGUGUAUUAAAACUUGUGUAAGUGGCCACCCUAUAGCUUUAGUGAUACAAGAAGAUGGGGAUGUUCCAAUUCCAGGAACUGGAAGGAUAGUAGAGACUGUGCACAAUCUCUUUGUAAUACGUGGAUUUCCUUCGCUGUUACUGCGUGUGUAUGUGAUGGAUUUCAAAAUAUAUUUCUAUAAAUAUGUAUCAUACAUAUUUAUUCUACAUGUACAUAUUUAUCUAAAUAUGCAUAUGCAUGAUAGUUAUUGCAGACAUACCUAUUUAUAUACAUAUAUAAUGUAUUAAUAUACUUUAAAAUCUGUUGUUAGUGCUCAUUAUACUACUGCAUAGGCAUGAUUGUUAUAUGGAUGGGCUCUUCAACCUGUAGAUCCUGAUCUCUUGGUUCUGUCAUACAACAGUGGGAAAAGUUUGUCAUUUAAAUCUGACUAAAUUGUGAUUUAAGUAAUACAUUUUUCUCAGUGCUGAAAGACUGACACUGUUCUUAUAUUUUCAUUUCGCUGUGUGCUGCACAGUGAAUCAGAUAAAAUCAGUGAUUCAGAUAUUAUGGUGAUUCAGAUAAAAUCAUUGGCGUGCUGGUUUUCUCCACAUUUGGCUGUACUAGGACUAUUAUAUCAAGGAAUCUUAUUUUAAAAAUCUGUUUCAAGUGACGAACAAGUACGGACUUACUUGAAAUGAGGAAUCAAGUUUUAGGUGUAAUUUUAAUCUUUUGGGAUUUGUUAGGUUUUUUUUUGCACUGCUGCUUAGCAUUAUACUCAGUGCUCAACAUCCAUCUGCUUUUCUUUCUUAAAUGAGAGAGGAAGAAUUGGUAUCCUCUAAAUGAAAUGUAUUGAAAUGAUUUAUGAAAGGAAAAGUUUUUCUAAAUGUUGUGAGUGGGUUUUGCUGAUCUCCCUGUUUUUCAUUUGAAGCAAUUAUUCUACCUAUUUGUGCAGUACAAGCAAUCAGAGAGAUCAUCAAAGUAGUUGUUUAGAAAAUUGAAUGGGUUUGCUCCCAGUAACUUAGAUUCUGCCACUUACUCAAAGCAUCCUUGUCUUUAACAUAAUACUGUCAUUGUAAAUAAUUCAGAUUUUUUCAGAGAUUUGAGAUAAAAUCCCCUCUCCAUUGGACCCAUGGAAAAACUUAUUUGGGUCUAGAUUUUUUUCAUUUUUAGUCUGAAGUCUUCAAAAAUACCCAUGUUAAAGAGGGAAGCUUAUAUUGUGACUGCGCUGAGAGGGUUUAACCUGUUAAGUGGAGUAGUUCAAACAUGUGACAGUAGAUGGAGUGAAGACAGAGAGUUUAUACUGACUUGCCAGUGCAUUUUAAAUUAUCACUGUUUAGUGUUUGCGGAGGUUCUCACUGUGAUUGUUAACACUUAACGCUUAUCACAGAUGAGGAAAACAACCUUACCUGAGUAUAAAGUUCACCAAAAAUUAAUGCCAGCUACCUGUCUGAUGUUUGAGUGUGAUAGUUUAAGAAGACAUGCACAUGUAUUUUGGAAAUUCCUCUUUUAUCAGUGUCCUUUUUUUAACCUCUCUUCUGAUUGUGUGCUUGUAAUUUAGUAGAAGACAGAAUCAAUGCAUUUUUCUAAAGAAAAACUAUCAUGUUACUUCCUAAAUGUAGGAACUGAAAUAUGUUUCUUAUUGCCUGCAGUCUUCUUAACUGCAAGUUAAUGAAUGUCUAGUAAAUCUGUUCUGGCUAUGGAGUCCCUUUAAAGACAAUGAACCAGAACAGAUUACCUGGAUGUUUCUUUUAAUUCAACAAACAGAAUAGUACUGUGUUUUAGCAGGUGGUUUGCAUCUGAACUGUUAGAUUCAAUACAAACUGCAUAUAAAAGUUUAGUUAACACAGCAGAAUUAGCAAAACAUAAAACUGUUGCUUCAAGAAAUUCAGUUCUAUUUCAGUUGGGUUUUUUUAACUUGGUAAUCCACAAGAGUUGAAAUAAUUUAUGUAGUGAAGAGCACAGUUAUUUAUUUUUCCACUAAAUCACAGCACAGUAUUCUGUAUUGAUACUUAGUUCUGAAAUCCAUCAAGAGCUUUUUACAGAAGAAGAUAAUCUGAACAGGCAGAGAGCAUACCUCUUUGUAAUACAUAGGUUUCCUUCACUGUUACUGUGUGUGUAUGUGAUGGAUUUAAAAAGAUUUUUAUAUAAAUAUAUAUCAUACAUAUUUAUUCUACAUGUACAGACACCCCUGAUGCUUGGCAGAGUGAGAAAUGAGUGGAGAUUCUAGUAGUUCAUGUUUUAUGUAGUUUAUUCUGACGUUUUUGAGAAGUCCAGCUCUGAAUUUGAAUUUCAUUUCGUUGAGGAGUCUCUCUUAAUUUACUUGAGGAGACAAAAAACUCUAAAAUCUGCUAUGGCAGUCAGCUCUGAAAACUUGCAUGUAUUUCUUUGUUCCUGUUGAUUACUGAGCUGUAUUAAAAUACUUUAUUUCUGUUGUUGGUGGUCAUUUUUUAUAAUGCAUAUAUGUAUUAAUGACAAAUAGGGAAAUUGAAGAGUAUGUUUAUGCAUGCAUGGACUUACGUAAAGAUCCAUUGUAUUUAAAUAAAAAUGAGGUCCUCUUUCUUAAUUCUGUGAAGAGGGAGAAAAAGAUCUGUGACACAGGUCUCUUCUGUAGUCCCAUUUCAUCUCCCUGUCAUGGUCAGUCUUGGGUUUAAGGUGGAAGAUGAGAAAAAAAUAUCUUCUUUUUUAUUUUAAGUGGCUUUAACCAGGAACACUGUACUGUACAGUUUCUGUACAGUUUGCACGCAUGGGCUGAGGCUCCAGUUGUUCAAAAACUCAGAAGUGAUAGAACUGAGAUUCUCUCUACCCCAUUAUUAUAACUUUUGUACAUGUGUACUGCUCAGUUUCAAGAUUUUCAAGAGCUGUGGGGGUUUGGCUUUUUUUUUUUUUUUUUUUUUUUAAGGCUACUCAAUGCUCUUGUAAGACUUUGAUUUUGAAAUAAUGCUUUUUCUAUGCAAAGGAUUCCUAACACCACUUGUGGCCAAUGCAAAUUGAGGCGAGCAGGCUAGAAGUCUAGAAGAUGAGGAGUCGUUAGGAUGAGUUUCACCUGCAUUAAUUCAGUCAUCUGCAAGUUAGACUUAGGAGUGUGAGCUGGCUCUAUUCAGAGACAAUGGAAAGAAACAAAUCAGGUGAAUCAUCCUCUGCAGGUGUCUGUUUUCUCUGACUGUGCAGAGUGCUUAGGAAAACUGUUCCAGAGAUCUGGCUUUUUGACAUGAAUCCCACCUGCAGUGAGUACUUGUGAAAAAGCUUGACUUAACUCUUUGAAAUGAAAUCACUGGGAGCUCUCAAGGCAGAGGGAGUUCUCCAUGGCAUUGCAUGCUGUCCUGGCUGUUGGAUUGUCCUUUUUCUGCUUUUUUAUAACUUCCACCUUCUCAGACGGUACUUCUAUAAGCAGCAAUCUAUUAAACUAUACAACUGUGAUUCCUCUUUGGAAACCAGGGUACUUCCUACGUGGAUCCUCUUGGGGAUGGGGAGGAAUAGUGUGCUAUAAAGUGAAUCAGAUCUAUCAUAAAGUAUAUCCGUAAAAUAGAUUAUUUAGGGCCAUGUAUAUUAGGGCCUGGACACAUUCCUGUGUAACCUCAUCUAGGUGUUCCUACUCCAGCAGGGGGAUUGAACUAGAUGAUCUUUCAAGGUCCCUUCCAAUCCCUGACAUUCUGUGAUUCUGUGAUGUAAACAAUCUUAGUUCUGCUUCAUCCGAGUUCUGUGAUCUUCUCUCACUGAUACACAUGCAUACAGAAGUCUCUAGAACACAUACUAUUGAAAGAAGCAAACUAAUAUAAAACAAGGUUAUCAGCAGUGUCAUUAAUGCCUGUUGAAUUUGAUUUGGAACAGUCAGAGCCUGCAGAAAUCCCUGUUGCUGGGAGUAUCCGAUAGUGUUGACAGUUUAUUGUGAGCUGGAACAAAGCGGUUCUUCUGCAGAUUUCACGCUGUCAAAAGAACAGAGGAGCCAGAUCUCUCAUCUUUAUUCUGGACUUUAAAAAGGAGUAUUCCUUAGUGAAUAUAUGUUUUUCAUAUAAUUUGAAUUUUCCUACCCUUCUUUCCUUUAAAUAUGUCUUCUAAUUAAUUAUUUUGGUUGGAGAGCAAAAUACAAUUUUAAUUCUGUGAGUGCGUGGAAGCAAUGAUGUCUUAGGUCCUUACAGAAUUUCCUUGUCAAGAAUAGUGCUUUGGAGGUAUUGACUGAAAUCUAAGGGUCCCAGUAUUAUUCUGUAUUCCAUGGAAAAAAGCUCCUGCAGAGCGUGAAUCUGACCCCUUUCUGUUGGCCAUGCACUGAAACAAAAUACCUGCUUCAGGACAUUAGUGUAGAUGCUCCUUGACUAUCUUUAAAACUUAGCAAUAAAUAAAGCAUGGUUCGUAAGGUUACUCCUCCUGCAAGAAUCCAGUAACAAUUCUGUUUACAGUGUUUUCAGCCAGCAAGUUUGAAUCUAGACAGUGUCAAAUUGUGUGAUACAACCCUCUUCUCUAUGCAGAUACUUAUCUGAAGCUUCUAACAUUUUAAUUUUCUUACAAUAUGUGUUUUGAAAAGGAUAGGAGGGAAUUAUUAGGAUUUAUAAGUGUGCUAACUGGUACGCAGUUUCUCUGCUCCCUGUACGGUUGCUAAUUCCAGUGUUUGUCUCUCCUUUGGAAGUCAGAUGCUCUUCUAUUUUGCUUAAUGGCAUAUUUUGUUUAAAAGGCUCUAUGGAUUUUUUAUAAGUAACUCCAAGUCAGGGUCUGGAUUCCUUCUGCCUUCCCCUGCCAAAAUUAAUCCUUUCUCUAUUGCAUGUUUGUUGUUGAGAUUUUUUUCCAUCCCCUUGCAUAAUUAUUCUUUGUGGGUUACUUACCUUUAGCUCAGGACUUCGGUCUUUCACCAGGCCUUGCUUAGUUGGUUGGGUUUUUUUGUGGAUAUUUUCAAGAUAUCUUUUGUAAUACAAGAACAAGAAAAUUCGAUACGGAUACAGCAAGUAGCAAGGCUGGUUUCUUGUGGCAUUUUCGUGUUCUUUGUGCUUUUUUUUUUCCAAGUUGGCAACAGUUGUAGAAAGAGUGACACCGUGUGUUAAGGUGAAGAAUAUCACUUUUCUUGAUUUGUUUCCCAUUUCUUCAAUACUCUCUUCUAUGACAGUGAUUUUAUCAUCCAUCAGAUGUUAAGGUUUUCUGUGUGCUUUUUUAUUUUCAUGUGUACAUUUUACAGCUCAUUAUUUUAUUGCUAAAUGUCCUUCAAGAGAAGUUGCAUUAUCUUUAAGCAGUUUAUUUUACUGAUAAAUUUGUGUUUAGAUUUUGUUCAGUAAUUUUAGAAGUGCAUGUGUGGAAAAAAGAGUUAGUGAAGGUGGCUGGAAACCCAGAGAGGUCUCCAUAGGAAGAGAAGAUGGAAGGAUAGUGCUGUGAAUAUGCUGAUUGUGAGGAUCUGUGGUAGAUGUGUAGUGUAGUGUGAGGAACAGAAAGGUUGUCCCUGUUACUGGGAAAAAGAGGUAAGUGGCAAAUAAAUGAAUGAGGGAGAGGAGAGGAGAGGACUUGGGGAAAGGAAGAGGAGGCCAGUGUGUGGCAUGCAUUGCAGUCAAAGCCAUAAAAAUAUUUAAAAGCAGUAUUUUGUUGUUAGUGUAGUUUCUGCGAUUAUUCAGCAUCCAGGUGGGUAAAAUAGAGGCUUGCACCCGUUAAGAGUGUUACCUUGUUGUGAGUGCUUGAGGGGCUGAGAAGCCCAAUGUGGUUCCAGGCUGGGUGUGCCCCCGCAGUGACCCUGCCUGUCACUGGUGCAGCGAUGCAUUGUUCGCUGUGUGCGUACUGAGGAGAAGAUUUUCAGCUGUUGGGUGAUGUUUUCUGCUUGAACAUCUGCUUUGUGUUUCUCUGGAGGAGAAGGGACUAUGCUGGAUGGAAGAUCUGUAGAAGACAAAUCUGCUCAGGGCCUGUCGGUGCGACCACACAAGUCAGUCCAUGGGUGCUUUAGAGGAAGAGACAAGGAAGGCUCGCAGGAAGCGAAACUUUUUCAUACCAUUGCUAAAGAAAAGGUUGAAUUUUCCUAUCCCCCUCUGAAGCCUGAAGAAGGACAUGACAGCCACAGUUUACCAGAGGAAUGGAAAUACUUGCCGUUUCUCGCCUUGCCAGAUGGUGCUCACAACUAUCAGGAAGAUACUGUGUUUUUCCAUUUGCCACCGAGAUGUGGAGAUCGAACCACAGUAUAUGGUGUCUCUUGCUAUAGGCAGAUUGAAGCGAAGGCAUUGAAAGUACGGCAAGCAGAUAUCACCCGAGAAACGGUACAGAAAAGUGUCUGUGUUCUCAGUCAGCUGCCUUUGUAUGGGUUACUUCAGGCAAAGCUGCAACUCAUCACACAUGCGUACUUUGAAGAAAAAGACUUCUCGCAAAUUUCAAUUCUAAAGGAACUUUAUGAUCAUAUGAAUAGUUCCUUGGGCAGUACUUUGCUAGAAGGGUCACAAGUUUAUCUUGGUCUGUCUCCUCGGGAUCUUGUUCUUCACUUUAGACACAAGGUCUUGAUCCUUUUUAAAUUGAUUCUUCUGGAGAAAAAGGUGCUGUUUUAUAUUUCUCCAGUAAAUAGAUUGGUGGGAGCUCUGAUGACUGUCCUGUCCCUCUUUCCCGGUAUGAUUGAACAUGGUCUUACUGACAGCUCUCACUACAGACCAAGAAAGAGCAUAUCAGAGGAUGCUGGAUUGCAGGAAGAUACACCAUGGUUAAGUGACUCUGUUUCUGCGUCUGCUGCUCAUACUUCAAAUACAAACUUAGCAACGGGAAGGGAAGACAGGAGGAUGGCAGGAAACCGUUCACUUGAAGGUCAAAAAGCGAAGGUGCCUUUCUCCCCAUCAGAGAAGACUUGCAAUGGAGCUCAGACCUCCAACGAUACUGUGCAACGCUUGAAAGUUCCUUCACGCGCUUCUCCAGCGUCCUCUGAAAGUGACUGGGAGACCUUAGAUCCUGGCAUUUUGGAGCAGCCUAAUUCAAAAGAAGGAGAACGUGAAAAUACAGCAUCCGAACAGGCUGAAAAUCUUCCGAGCGAAGGCCUGAGCUCCGAAAGCCUUCCCAUCACCGUGCAGCCCCAAGCAAACGCAGGACACGCGGUGCUGGCUCCAGGGCUGAUAUCUGGGUUGGAAGAGGACCAGUACGGUAUGCCGUUGGCUAUUUUUACAAAGGGGUACCUCUGUUUGCCAUACAUGGCACUGCAGCAGCAUCAUCUCCUGUCAGAUGUGACAGUCCGCGGCUUUGUUGCAGGAGCCACCAACAUCCUGUUCCGUCAGCAGAAGUAUCUGAGUGAUGCGAUUGUGGAAAUAGAAGAUGCCCAUGUACAAAUCCACGACCCAGAACUCCGUAAGAUCCUGAACCCAACAACUGCUGACCUCCGGUUUGCGGAUUACUUGGUGAAGCACGUAACUGAGAACAGAGACGACGUUUUCCUGGACGGCACUGGUUGGGAAGGAGGAGAUGAGUGGAUCAGGGCUCAGUUCAGUGCUUAUCUUCAUGCCCUGCUCGCUGCUGUGAUGCAACCAGACAAUGAAAAGACUUUGUCAGACUUUGGAAUCGCAUUUGUAGCAGCCUGGAAAAAUACCCACAACUACAGAGUAUGGAAUAGCAACAAGCAUCCAGCUAUUGCAGAGGUAAAUUCUAGCCACCCAUUCCAGGGACAAUACUCUGUAUCAGAUGUGAAGUUAAGAUUGUCACACUCUGUGCAGAACAGCGAACGUGGAAAGAAGAUUGGAAAUGUGAUGGUUUCUACCAGCCGGAAUGUUGUACAGACAGGAAAAGCUGUAGGUCAAUCAGUCGGAGGAGCCUUCACGAGUGCAAAAUCAGCUAUGUCAUCGUGGUUUUCCACUUUCACGCAGUCAACCCAAAGCCUCGGGGACUAAAUUACGUUUUUUUCAGAAUGCUGCUGGAUAUUUCAGGUGCAAUGCUUUCUCUGAGCUGUAAAAAGACCGCUCCAAAACAUAGGAGUGGGAAUUAACUACACAGGACCAAAAUAAGGUAUAUGUUGCUUGCAAGCAGACGCGAAAUGUUAUCAUUCUGUUUCACUAGAAGUAUAGAAGAAUGGUGAGUGUCUCCAUGCAAUGGGAUGGCCUUUGCAGCAUAUUGGUUAUAUUUAAAAUGACUACUUUUCUUUAAAACUGAGCCUUUAUAAAGACACUAGCAAACAGGGCUUGUUGCAAGCCAAACGUGUUUGACUUUAGAUUUGUACAUUUUCUUGGAUGUUAAAAAUAUUUAUGUAAACUAGUUAUAUUUUUCAAUCCAAAUAGCCAAAUGUUUGUGAUUUCUUGUUAGAAAUAAGCAGAGUAUAAAUACUGAUUCCUCUUUCAGGUUGGAUUGGAGAGCAUCUCUGCAAAAAGAAUAUGGUGGAAACCGUUAAAGGGUUCCAAGGCAGGUGGAACUUUCUUGCUUUCACCUGCAAGCUAAAAUCAGUAGGGUGCAGAGUAGGUUUUAUUCCUUUCUCCUCUGUAGCCACGUUACAGUUGUUUGCAUUAAUCUGUAUCCAACUCUCUUUAUGUCCCCAGAUCUGUGUGAUGGUUGCACGGUCACUAUUUUCUGGUUGUUAUGCAGUAGGGCUUUAUAACUUUGCCUAUGAUUUGGCUGUAUUUGUACACUGGGACAUGAAUGGGAUUCCAGUUGGAGAGAUCUCUUCAGGAAAAGUAUUACAACACAAUUCUCCCAAAUUGGGAUUGGGUCAUAGACAGUUUUGUGAGGUCUUGCUCUAUUGGGGUGUAAUUACACCAUCAAUGUAGUUACGUACAUACAAAUACCAAGUACUAAGAACUCCUAAAACUAGAACUAGCACAGUAGCAAACUCUGCGUGGCUUUUUUUAUUUUUUGCCAGUAAGGUUAUGAAGAUUCUUCCAAACGAAAAUCAGCUUUAUCGAUUUUCUGUGUCGACUCAGGGAAUGUUCUGUUUGGAUAACUACUCUUUUCAUAAGGAAAGUGACACUAGAAUUGAGAGAGUGACUGAAACAGCUCGGUUCGUAUCCUCACAUGAAGAAAUAUAAUCGUUUAUAUGAAAAGAUGGGGCAUAAUGGUGUAUUUCGUAUGUAACAUGCAUGCGGUGUCUUCUGUAUGCAAGUGUAUUCCACUUCCUACACCUCCUGAUUCUGAAAGAGAUUAUUUCCUGUUUCUUGCAAUCUGUGUGCCUCUAUAUGCCUUCUAACGUCCCCACGUAAUAGCUGUUAACAUUUACUACGUUACAUUAUCAGACGUUCCAACUUUCUGUAGUAAAAGGCUUUUUGUUUAUCGCCUCAUCAGUACCUGUCAGCAUUUUGCCAUGUUCUUCUCUGGGGCCAAGAUUUCAAGUCACGGUUAUUUCUUCUGUUCCUCAAAUAAAAUACAGCAGCUGUGCAAGAGAUAAACAAGAAGGCUUGAAUGUAAUUUGUUUUAAGAAAUUAAGUUCUCGUUUAUUUAGGUGCAUUUGAAAACCUAGUAGAAAAGUGGCACUUGAAUCACGUGAUUACUCUUCAACAACUUAGUUUUCAGUUUUAUUGCUUCAAACAGCGAUUCAAAAACACAGGAUCUGGUGGAAAGUGUUCAUUUUUUUUCUUCCAGUGCAAACUAGAUAGAAUAGCCGUGGAAAACCUGGGAGUAUACACCUGGUUUCAGUAGUUUCAUUCGAGAAGGGCAAAAAAGGCCUCUAAAGCUCUGCUAAUCUACCGCUUCUGACAUACAAGUAAAACGUACCUAUAGAACUGCAGCUAUGGCUCCUGGUCUCUUGUGUAUUUGUGUCCUAAAACUUCUGAUGCUCUUUUCUGUUUAUUCCUCAACUCUGUAAUAGGUAUUUAUGUCUUUCCAAAGACUUAAGUAAUACUUAAUACGCAGGAAGAGCUCUGGUGAAAUAAGACUAGGGCUGCAUUUAUUUCUGAUGAGUCUGGAGCUUUCUGGUUCAGUGUGCAGAUACAAAAAUAAUCUAAAAUGAUUACUUGCUUUUGUGGAAUGGCUAACAUAUUGUCUGCUAUAUGGGAUUUAAGUGGUCAGGCUUCAUGUUGUAGUGAAGACUGACUAAGGGUGCGUAAAGGAUUUAAAGCACCUAUAAAACUAACUUCAGCAACUUAAGGCACAGUAGAUAAAGCUGGGCUUAGGAGCUCACAGUGGUGAGGCCAGUGGUUGAUAUUUACAUGUGCAAGGCAUAGAAACAGGAUCUGCAAGGAUCCCUUUUCAAUAUCUUUGUCACCCACCACCUCAUCUGUGUUUCUUCUGUAGAAUUCUCCUCUGCCCCAAAUUUGUAUAGCAAAUUUGUUAGCUCUCUGCAUUCCCCUUUCUCCCACAGACUCCCUUGCUGGCCCAGGGAUAUUUAGAAAGCUGAUUAUAUAUGUGUAUGUAUAUAGAUAUAUAUAUUUUUUCCUUUCAGUAGAUGGAUGUGAGGAGAGGCAGAAUGGGGUGCUCCCUGCAGUGCUAAACCGAUGCAUGGCUGCUUGCUGCUUUGUACAGGGAUGCUGUUAUGAUAUGAAACUUCACAGUAUUUCCCUUAUGGGCAAGAAGACCAGCAAGAUCUUUCUCUGCAGUCUUCUUCCUGCUGUCUCUGUUGUGGAGCCAAACAUACAACCUGAUUAAGACUAUUUUCCUUUGUUUACAAAUGAUGGAAUAAGAAAAUUGUAUUCAUUUUCCAUCUUUUUAAGAACUGGCAUCCUGCUACCAAGUUGGACUGUCAUUUAAACUCAUAUAGUGAUUAAGACUUAUGCAGUGGGUGGAGUUGAAGCAAUCUUCAUAAUAUGUGGUCUUCAUUAAUGUGUGUUUGCUCUUUGACAUUUGCUUAAACUUACUUUUGGGCUGUAGGAAGGAAGGCAUGCAGCUGCUGGGGUUCAUCUAAGUUCAUGUAGCUCUCUUUUAAAUUUCAUGGUCGUAACCUCUUCAGUUAAAUCCAAUGCAAAUACAAGUUAUUUUCCUCCCCUCUGUUUGUAAAUUUCCAGUGCAAGCAUUAUUGCUUAUUCAGAUAUAUUUAGGCAGUCGACUUCCAUUUCAAAGACCCUGACAUCCAGUUCUGCACCGCAAGAUGCACCGAGUCCUAAAUCAAUUGGUGAUAGUGCCUCAAAUGAGUCAACUGAAGUGAUGGUUGCAGCUCUGUCGUGAUGUAUGAAACAAGGGCAUUGCUGGCUGGCAGGGCGCAGCAUGAACAGGUAAUACAGCGGUAAUGCACCUCUCAACUUUCUGGCAUCAAAGGAAUCAACCUCUGCUUUUCCUAUGUGCCACCAUUUGAGGAACUGCCUAUUGAGCACAGAUCUGAGAUUUAAGUCCCCCCAAGCCCCCCAAGACUAACUAUUGUCGACCUAGUAUUUCGUUUGGCUAAAACAUUCAGCAUUUUUCAUCAAUCAUUUUUAUGUCAUAACCUUAAUUCCUGUGCACAUCUGACACCAGUUUCCUCAAAUAUCACAAUGUAAUUAUCAUUUUUAGAUCAGUGUUCUAGUACAUCGCACUUGUUUGACCUUGCACAGCUGUUUUAAGCACCUUUUGUAAUUAAAUUUUAGUAUUUUGCCUAAACAAGCUUCUGAUUUCCAUAGAAAUUAUUACUAAGCAGAGAAAUCAAUGUGACAGUAUUUAAUUGUAAAAGCGAAGGCGUGAAUGCAGUUUUUAAACAUAGAAACUGUUGCUUGAUAAUUGAACAUACAAGUAAUGUAUUUGAUUUCCCUUGUGCUGCUUGAAUAAAUAAAUACACCCAGCCUGUUUAAAGCUCUGCUGCUCAAAAAGCUGUAUUAUUUUAAGACAUUAAUCCCACUGGAAGACAAUUGCAGGCAUCUGGUUUUGAUAUGGGUAGCUGCUUGUAAUACACUCAGUCUUUUUGAAAUGUGUCUUCCACAAAUUUAGGACAAGAGGAUCCUCUGGUGUGACUUUUUAUUCCCUGUUGGUUGUGGCUCAUUGUGAAUUGAUUGAAGUCUUCAGUAGGUCACAGACCUCUGUUACAUCCGUGAGAACUUUAGGUACAGCUGUAAAGUUUUGAUCUAGAUGUAACUUGAAAACAGUGUGUCGUUCGUGGGGAAUGUCGCAUCUCAUCAAAAUCAGGAUGCUGAGUAAAUUAAUUGCUUCACAUCCAGCUCUCUCUGCCAUAGCAAGCUAGUCACUAAAAGUUUAUUUUAAAACUUGAAAACUACUGUAACUGUCACUGUACCUAGCUGAGAAUGACUUGGCAAAUCACCGUUUCCAGUAGGAGGAAACGUGACUGCGUUGAGGAACAUUCAGAUGUGAAUUACACGUAGCUUAUGCCUAGAAGACGGUUGCAAUGCUCUAAAACUUAGUUUUUUUGACUGAUGCAAGUAGUUGUUGGAACGCAUCGACAGAUAAAUCUGCAGCACAUUGUUCAUGCAGUGUCAUUUUACUUUCUUGCAGGUAUUUGGUUUUCAUUAAAAAGGGCAACUUGGAGAGUGUUCAUUAAAGGCAGAAACACUAUGUUAUUGUACUAUGAUUAAAGAUGUAUGACAAAUGC